GAUAGUGAAUAUUACAAUUCUCUGCGAUGGAUACUUGAAAACGAUCCAACAGAACUGGACCUCAGAUUUGUAGUUGAUGAGGAACUUUUUGGUCAGACUCAUCAACAUGAACUGAAAAGUGGUGGAUCAGAAAUAGUUGUCACCAACAAGAACAAGAGAGACUACAUUCAUCUUGUAAUUCAGUGGAGAUUUGUGAGCAGAGUACAGAAACAAAUGUCAGCCUUUAAAGAGGGCUUUUUUGAACUAAUACCGCAGGAUCUGAUUAAAAUCUUCGAUGAAAAUGAGCUAGAGUUAUUAAUGUGUGGACUGGGAGAUGUGGAUGUGGCUGAUUGGAAGCUACAUACAAAAUACAAAAAUGGCUACAACAUAAACCAUCAAGUAAUACAAUGGUUCUGGAAGGCAGUCUUAAUGAUGGACUCUGAAAAGAGAAUAAGGUUACUUCAAUUUGUUACUGGCACAUCACGUGUACCUAUGAAUGGGUUUGCUGAGCUGUAUGGUUCAAAUGGACCACAGUUGUUUACAGUCGAACAGUGGGGCACCCCUGAAAAACUGCCAAGAGCUCAUACCUGCUUUAAUCGCUUGGAUUUGCCUCCAUAUGACUCGUUUGAAGAUUUACGGGAUAAACUUCUUCUGGCAAUUGAAAAUACUCAGGGUUUUGAUGGGGUUGAUUAAGACACAGACAUAAAUUGUAUCGGUCCAGUGCUGCAAUUUAAUUUUAAGGGUUUACAGACAAAUUUGAGUUUUCCAGGGGCUACC